AUGAAAAUCAUAUGCUGGAAUGUCCGUGGAUUGGGGAGUCCACGGGCAGUAAGAAAGCUUCGGUUUUUACUGAAGCAAAAUAAUCCUCAAUUAGUCUUCCUAAUGGAGACUAUAGUAAAUGAAAAGCGUAUGGAAGCAAUUAGAAGAAGGUGUGGUUUCACGAAUGGACUUGAAGUAGGAGCUGUUGGUACGCGGGGUGGGAUUUGCUUAGCAUGGCGAGAGGAGGUUCAGAUUCAUCUUAAAUCUUUGUCAACAAGUCAUAUUGAUGUGCUGGUCAAAGGAGAAGGUGCUCAUGAAGAUUGGAGAUUCACAGGGUUUUAUGGCUCUCCCUACUCACAAAAUAAAAAUGCCUCAUGGGGUUUAUUAAAGAUCUUGGGACAGGAGCAAGAGUAUCCUUGGUUAGUGAGUGGAGAUUUCAAUGAAAUAGCUUAUUCUUUUGAAAAAAGGGGAGGUCAACCGAGGGAGGAAAGGAAGAUGGCAGCGUUUCGGGAAAUUCUACAAGAAUGUCACCUUUUAGAUAUGGGAUAUUCAGGAGUAUGGUAUACAUGGGAAAGAGGGAAUCUACCAAAGACGAACAUUCGAGAAAGAUUGGAUAGGGGUGUUGCGAAUGAAAAAUGGAUGGAAUUAUUUCCAACGGGCAAUAUUCAUCAUCUGACGUCUACCCUUUCGGAUCAUUGUCCUUUGCUAAUAAGCACAAUUAAUGUAAGCAGAUUUAAGAUAGUUCCAAGUUUUAAAUUUGAAGCUUGGUGGACUGCAGAGGAAUCAAUAGAAGAAGAAAUUCGGAAAGCCUGGAAGUCAUCAAAUGGAUCGGUAUUGGAGAAGCUUGAGAACUUGCAGAUUAGCUUAUCGAAAUGGGCAAAAUUCAUUAAGAAGAAACGAAAGGGAAUGACAGAUACAAUUACAAAAGAGCUUGAAGACUUAAUGAAGAAGGAACUUGAUGAAGAUGUUAUGAACCAGAUGAUUGAGAAAAGAAUCCAUUUGAGCAUGGAAAUUGAAAAGGAGGAGAUGUAUUGGGAACAGAGAGCACGAGCUAAUUGGCUAAAGUUAGGGGAUAAGAACACGACAUUUUUUCAUAAAUAUGCAUCAAUGCGGAGAAGAAUUAAUACAAUCAGUGUUGGAGAUUCCUCCCACCUUUUAACAGGUAUUCAGAACAGCAUCUCUUCAGAUAUCAAUACAGGCCUAUUGGAAAAGUUUACGACAGAGGAGAUUUACAUUGCAGUAAAGGGAAUGGGUUCAAUAAAAGCUCCAGUUUUAAAAAACGGAAAAGAUGUGGAAGGGCUAAACUUAACUAAGAUCACCCUUAUUCUGAAGAAGUCCAAUCCUACAAACCUUGUUGAUUUUAGACCAAUUAGUUUGUGCAUAGUUCUUUAUAAAAUUAUAGCUAAAGCUAUUGCUAAUUGUCUUCAGGAAGUCAUCGGAAGAUGCAUUGACAGUGCUCAAAGUGCAUUUGUCCCAGGGAGGCUAAUUUCGGAUAAAGUUUUGAUAGCCUAUGAAAUUCUGCAUACACUUCGAAAAAAACGAAAGGGGAAAAAAGGAUUUAUGGCAAUUAAGCUUGACAUGAGUAAAGCUUACGAUAGAGUGGAAUGGGCUUUCUUGAAGGAAGUUAUGAUACGGAUGGGAUUUGCGAAGGAAUGGGUGGUAUUAAUAAUGAGAUGUAUUUCUACAGUCUCUUAUGUUGUGACUACAAAUGGGAGGAAUGGUAGAGUUUUUAAACCAACCAGAGGACUCCGACAAGGUGACCCACUUAGCCCUUUUCUUUUUCUUAUUUGCAGUGAAGGUUUAUCGUCUUUAAUCAGGAAUGCUACAAAAGAGGGGUUGAUUAAAGGGGUGAGAGAAAGCAGAAGAGGCCCGAUUAUAUCACACUUGUUAUUUGCAGACGAUUGCAUUUUGUUUGGUGAAGCCAGCAAAAGUAGUGCAAGGAACCUAAAAGCUAUUUUGCAAGAAUAUGAGACUUGUUCUGGUCAAUGCGUUAAUUUUAGCAAAUCCAUGAUCUUUUUUAGUUCGAAUUUUGAGGAGGGUGAUAAAGGAAGGUUAUCGGCUAAAAUGGGAAUAAGAGGUUCGAAUAACAUGGAAAAAUAUCUUGGACUGCCAAACAUUGUAAGCCGGAAGAAAAAAGAAUCGUUUCAGAAUCUCAAAGACAGAAUAAAGCAAAGGAUUGAUAAUUGGAGUACUCAUUUUUUAUCUCAAGGGGGUAGAGAGGUUUUCAUUAAAUCAGUCCUUCAAGCAAUUCCUACUUAUGCAAUGACAUGUUUUCUACUACCAAAGUCGCUUUGUGAUGAGUUUGACAAUUUAUUUGCUAGAUUUUGGUGGCAGAAAGGAAAAGGAAAGAAAGGAAUUCACUGGUGUCAAUGGGAAUACAUGUGUAGGCCUAAAGAGGAGGGUGGUAUGGGCUUCCGGAAUAUGGCACAGUUCAAUGUAGCUCUACUGGCUAAGCAAGGGUGGAGGAUUAUAAACAACCAGAAUGCUCUCGUUACGCAAGUGUUCAAAGCUAAGUAUUUCUCGGAUGAUAAUUUCUUAAAUUCCAGUUUAGGAAAUUCAUGUUCGUAUGUAUGGAAAAGCAUUUGGGCAGCAAAGGACUUAUUGACAAAAGGGCAUUGCUGGAGGGUGGGGACGAGUACUAAUAUUUCCAUAAAUGAUGCUUGGAUUCCAGAUUCUGUUAAUUUUAGAUUAUCAUCAGAAAUUAAUUCUAUGCGUGAUGUUAAAGUCGAUGAGUUGAUUGAUAAUAAAAACAGAAGUUGGAAAAAAGAGUUGAUUACCAGUACCUUCCUGGAAGACGAUGCAGCCAGAAUCCUCAGAAUUCCUCUGGCACAAACACCGCAUGAAGAUUUUCUUAUCUGGGUUGGCAAACGGUCGGGUGAGUUCACGAUUAAUGGUCUGGAGAAGAGAGAUCUGAAUCGUACCGGAGAGAAAAAGAGAUGGUCAUUCCUACAGGAAAGUUUUAUUAAGAUCAACUUUGAUGGCGCUUACGAUAGAAGCAAGAAUCAGUCGGGUGUGGGUAUUGUGGCCAGAGAUUCAGAAGGAACUAUUCUUUUUUCAUGUUCAGAGAUUCAUUCUAAUAUUUCAUCAGCCUUUGCUGCUGAAGCAAUUGCCUGCCGGAAAGCAGUUCAAAUGGGAAUCAGGAAGGGAUGGCAACUUUUGAUUCUUGAAGGAGACUCCCUCGCAAUCGUCAAGAAAUGCAAAUCAAAGAGUCAAGACAGAUCUAUGGUGGGGGUAUACAUUUAUGACAUUCAGCAGGAAAUAUAUGGACUUGAUAGUAUCAGAUUUCAACAUACACCCAGAUCCGCAAAUGGUCUUGCACAUAUCAUAGCAACAGAAACAUUAAGAAAAAGAGAAGAGUUUUACCUGGAUAGGGGAGUUCCAGAAUAUGCUAUGGACCAAGCUCGGCAUGAUGGGAGAAGAGGAUCAGAUUAG